AUGUUCGCAAAACCAGAGUUGACGAUGCUUUGCCUCUUUGGGUUGCUUUUCGCCUUCUGUACUGCCAUCCCGACAAACGUCGUCAAGGAGACCUCGCUCGAGAAACGUUUCUCGGGCUGGCAUCACAUCGUGUUCAGUAUUGAUGGCUUUGGCGUUGCGGCCGAAUGGGAUCUUGCUGCAUAUGACCCGGUCAAGAGCACUUUUGGGCUUGCGAAGCUUGACAUGACGAUCGGUAUCGCGUAUAACGAUUCAGGCGACUACCCCUCUCCCAACGCCUUCAAUGUCUGGGAAAAGAGCACGUACGACUAUGAAGGCAGCGGCAACACAACAUUUUCCGCUACCGGUGGUGAUUGCAGUAUGACCGUCGAUGGCGUCAACGUCUAUUGGUGGUGGAUGGCCUGGCUUAGCAGCAAUGACAUCGACGUGCAAGAUCUUAUCCAGUUCAACACCUUCCUAGCGACCAUGCUGACGCUCGUCUCGAGCUUCCCGGGGACCUCUGAAGCGCUCGACAACGUCAUGUCGGGUCUCGUUGGACUUGUCGCGCUGGUCAAUUCUGUCGUGGUGCCACUGUACGCCCGACGACUGCGAAAGUCGAGGAAGCAGCGCCUGCUUGAUCUCUGGCAUCAUUCGUCGAGCGAGCAGCAGCCCGCUACCGUACCGCCCUCGCUAGGCAGCGACAUCUGGCUCAAUGCUGCUCUGCUGACCAAGUGGCUCAUCGCUAUUGCUGUGCUCGUCAUCUCACUCUGCAUAUGCGCACUUCAGAUCGAGAACGCUGGCCACAAGAGGAUGCUAUCUGUGCUCAAGUUCUCGGUCUUGUUUCUAGCGACAAUCAACGGCUAUGCAAUGACAUGGCUCGUCAAGCGCCUCUCUACUAGACUAUCACAUUCAUGGCUAUGA